ACAAUCAGACAUUCGCCGCGCGCGCGCCCCCUGCCGACCACGGGGCGCCGCAGGCCAGGCUCCGCAGCGGCACUUAGGACUGCCAGGCCAAGGCCAGGUUCGGUUCCAGCCUCGAUGUCCGCAGCACCUGCAGCCCUGAGCAUCCCCCUCCCUUCCCGCUCCCAGCCUGCGGCUUCUAGUGAUUGCAUUCUGUCCCACGCGGCUGUAGCCGCCGCCGCCGCCCCGUGCUCUUCUUCCCACACCCGUGGAAGCAAUUUGUUGAUGUCACUUUCUGUGAAAAAGUCCUGUGGUGACCUGAAUGUCCACAUCUUUCAGACAGGUUCAUAGGAAAAAAGUACAUAAAAAAGUAGAGGUACAGUCUUGAAGCGGUGGAAGAGCUGCCAGUCAAUACAAUGUCUGAAGAUGAGAAUAACUUGGAGCCUGAAGGAGUCUCUAGAUCCGAGUUACUGGAGGAGCCUGGAUUUAUUGAAGAAACACCAGAGUUCUUAGAUGAAUCUUUUCCGUACUUGGGAAGGAGAGAAUCCAAUCAGAUUUAUGAAGAAAAUCCUUUAAAGGGCCUAGAACAGCCAACAGCUUCCUCUUCAAGCCUGCUUAACAGAGAUGAAGAGAAAAAGAAAACAGUUCCGCUUUCUGAUACCAGCAUAGACGAUGUCACCCCACUGUCAAAACCAGAAUCACCCCAGGGCUCCGUGUCAUCGGAGAUGGUGGAAACUGAAGACUAUGCACAAGUCAUAUUCCCAUCUGGGGACAAAGUUAGUCCACAAGCCUCUGAAGAAAGUGAGGAAGAACUGGACUCAGAGGAAGAUAACUUUACAGUUAAUCUUGAGGCCAAGGGUUUACAAGAAUUCCCUGUGGACCUUUUAAGAGUCCAAUAUGUAAAAUAUCUAUAUUUAGAUAAGAAUCAAAUAAAAACUUUCCAAGGGGCAGAUCCAGGGGAUCUGCUAGGACUUGAGAUUCUGUCCCUGCAAGAAAAUGGACUGCCAUUAAUUCCCUUGGAAAUUCAGUUGCUUCACAAUUUAAGGAUACUAAAUGCCAGUUACAACCAGAUAUCAUACAUACCUAAAGAACUAUUACAACUUGGGAAUAUGAGAGAACUCUUUCUAAAUAGUAAUUAUAUUGAGGAUUUACCUUCUUCUGGCUUGGAAAAUCUUGCAAAUUUGGAAACGUUAAGUUUGGGUAAAAAUAAGUUAACACAUAUACCAGAGUCUCUGUCUAGUUUGAAAAACUUGCAAAUUCUUAAUCUGGAAUAUAACCAUUUAACAAUAUUUUCUAAAUCCCUUUGCUUCCUUCCAAAGUUAAUUUCACUAAACCUUACUGGAAACAUGAUAGGCAGUUUGCCUAAAGAAGUUAGGGAGCUGAAAAACUUAGAACAACUUUUAAUGGAUCAUAAUAAACUUACUUUUUUGUCUGUGGAAAUUUUUCAGUUGCCCAAAAUAAAAGAACUUCAGCUAGCUGACAAUAAAUUGGAAGCUAUUUCGCCUAAAAUUGAGAAUUUCAGAGAACUCAGACUUCUUAACCUUGAUAAAAACUUAUUGACAAACAUACCAAAGAAAAUUUCCCACUGUGUAAUGUUGGAAUGUCUUAGUCUCAGUGAUAAUAACAUAGAAGAGCUUCCUAGAAAAUUCCAUAGGCUUAAAAAUUUGAGACAACUUCAUGUAAACAGAAAUAAAAUGAUAAAAAUGGCUGAGGAAAUCUCGCAUCUUAGUAAUAUAGACAGCCUGGAGUUUUCAGGCAAUCAAAUCACACAUGUUCCGAUUGAAAUAAAAAACUGCAGAAAAAUAACCAGAGUUGAAUUAAAUUAUAACAAUAUAAUGUAUUUCCCAGUGGGGUUGUGUGCGUUACCGUCACUUGACUACUUGAGUUUUAAUGGAAAUUAUAUUUCAGAAAUCCCUAUGGAUAUAUCUUUCAGUAAGCAGCUGCUUCAUUUAGAGUUGAAUAGAAACAAACUCCCCAUAUUUUCAGAACACAUAUGUUCUCUCACAAAUCUUGAAUACCUGGAUCUUGGUAGAAACCAAAUAAAGGCAAUUCCGCCCUGUAUCUCUGCUAUGGUAUCACUCCAUGUGCUCAUUCUGGCUGGUAAUAAGUUUGCAAUUUUCCCAAAGGAACUGUGUGCUUUAAAAAACCUGCAAGUACUUGAUAUUUCAGAAAAUCAGUUACAGAAAAUAACUUCAGAAAUAUCUAAGCUAAAAGGGAUCCAGAAAUUAAACUUAUCAAGCAAUCAGUUCAUACAUUUCCCUCUUGAAGUGUGCCAACUUCCAACACUGGAGGAGCUGAACAUAAGUCAGACAAGUGGGAAAAAGUUAACAAGAAUUCCAGAAGAUCUGUGUUAUAUGACUCAACUCAAAACACUCGACAUCUCGAACAAUGCAAUCAAAGAGAUUCCAAGAAAUAUAGGGGAGCUGAGCAGUCUGGUUAGUCUACUUGCAUACAACAAUCAAAUAAGUACUCUUCCACCAUCCUUUCUGUCUUUAAAAGUUCUACAGCACCUAGACAUCAGAGGAAACAGUCUGACAGCCCUGCCUAGUGCUAUCUAUAGUCUUUUGUCGUUGAAAGAGAUAAAUUUUGAUGACAAUCCUUUGUUGAGACCACCGAUGGAAAUCUGUAGAGGAAAACAGCUGCAUACUAUCACACAAUAUCUCCAAAGAGCAGAUGAAAGAGACGAGAAAAUCUUAGAGAAGAUAUUCAGCAUAGUUGCCAACAAUAUCAGUGAAAUAAACUUUGAAUUUUUGCAACAAAAACUAAACAUGACAAGCUCAGAAAGCAUCAGCUCUGUAAGGAAUACUACUCCAUUGUUAAAUGAAAGAAUCUACCAAGCCUUUGUCAAGUGGAAAGCAGAUCAGAACGUGUUACUCACAGCUACGGCCUUAAGAGACCAACUUGUUCGGGGACUAAAUAUGAUUGGUGCCUACGACAUAAUGGAUAAGAUCACAGCUUUGAAUCUUUAUACAAGUGCCAUCAAACUCUAGCCGGUGGAUCCGAGUAGAAGCUGAAAACUUACGAUGCACUCAUAGAAUAUGGUACAAGGGAAUUAUUUGCAUACAGUGUCUCUUUUUUUGUU